GGACCACCGAUUCCUCCACAGGAUGGGUCACUCCAUGGUGGCUGGUCCUCAGAACACUCUCUGGAUGUACGGCGGCCUCUCACUCUCACAAGGCAUCCUGGGAGAUGUCUACAGGUACUCUGUGCCAGAGAGGCGCUGGACUCAGAUGCUGACCAGCUCAGUGGAGGAAGGCUCCACCCCUGCUCCACAGUAUCACCAUGCUGCUGCUCUGGUGUCCAAUCACGAUCUAAUGUCAGCUGUCACUCACAACAUGAUGCUGGUGGUGGGUGGAGUCACACAGAAGGGAGUGGCCAGUGACACGUGGAGCCUCAACCUGAACAGCCUGGUGUGGAAAGAGUACAAGAGCUCACUGCUGCCCCCUGUGGCGGGCCACACGCUGACGGUGCGUCGAGACUCCACUGUACUGCUGAUUGGGGGCUACUCCCCUGAAAACGGCUUCAACCACCACCUGCUGGAGUUCAGCCCAUACACUGGCAACUGGACCAUUUCCCCGCACACCGGCACUCCACCCACAGGUCUGUAUGGCCACACAGCAGUGUAUCACGAGCAGACGGAUGCCGUGUAUGUGUUCGGAGGAUACCGCUUCCAUUUGGACUCUGUGGAACCUUCCGGAGAGCUCUACAGUCUCUACUACCCCAACCUCACCUGGUCCCAGCUGGCACCCUCACAGGGCAACAAGCCCCUGUCUCGUUUCUUCCACGCGGCGGCCCUGCUGAAGGACACCAUGGUGAUUGUGGGCGGCCGCACGGGAGAGGAGGACUACAGCAACAUCGUCUCCCUCUACCAGAUCAACUGCAACACCUGGAUCCAGCCUGGCUCUGGUGUUGGUGAUCCUGUGAACCGCUCGGUGUCGCUGGCCAUGGUGGGUUUGGACGGCACGCUGUUCCUGUCGGGCGGCUUCAACGGCGUGACCCUCGGCCGCCUGCUGACCCUGACUCUGCCCUCUGACCCCUGCGUGCUGCUGACCUCACAGGACGCCUGCAACAGCAGCACAGGCAGCUGUGUGUGGUGCCGCGGCUCCUGUGCCUCCUCCGACAUGGCCGAGAGGCUGGGCUGCUCUAGUCUCCAGUCACCCUGUUCCUCGACCCCUCGGCUGCCUGAUGAGUGCCGCAGGCUUAAGACCUGCAGUGAGUGCCUCGCCCAACACCCCAAAACCUUCUCCAUACAGCCUGCCCUGCAGUGUAAGUGGUGCACCAACUGCCCUGAGGGCGCGUGCAUGAGCAGCACGGUGAGCUGCACCUCGGAGAACGACUGCAAGAUCAACCAGCGCGAGGUCUUCCUGUCCAGCAACUGUGCCGAGACCAGCUGCGAGGCCUCCGACUGCCCCAAGUGCACCUCCUCUGGGAAGUGCAUGUGGACACGGCAGUUCAGACGCACGGGCGAGACACGGCGCAUCGUGAGCGUCGACCCGACCUACGACUGGACGUGCCUGAGCUACGGCUUGCUGAACGUGUCGCCCAUGCAGGUGGAGUCGUCCCCUCCGCUGCCCUGCCCUGAACCCUGCCACCUGCUGCCCGGCUGCACCCAGUGCCUGGCCUCGCACGGGGCCGACGGAGGCUGGCAGAACUGCAUCUGGAGCAUGGCACUGCAGCAGUGUAUGAGCCCGUCGUUCGUGCCCCUGCGCUGCGAGGCGGGCCAGUGUGGGCGUCUGCUGUCCAGCGGGGACUCCUGCUCGCCCCAGUGCUCCCAGCUCACCCAGUGCUCCCAGUGCAUCGCCCGGCCGCAGUGCGGAUGGUGUGCUGCCCGCGGGGGCAACGGAGCUGGACGCUGCCUGCAGGGAGGCCUGGACGGUGUAGGAGUGAACGAGAACACGUGUCCGCAGUGGAACAGCACCUGGUCCUUCCUGCGCUGCCCAGAGUAGGACGAGUGUGCCAACGGUCACCACCACUGCAACAAGUCACAGGACUGCCACGACCUGCCGCAGGGCUACUCCUGCACCUGAUGCCGUUUAUGCACCUCCAUAAUUUCGGAAAUAGCGUUUACGCACCUCUGAAGUGCGUUUAUCCAGCUCUAUAGAUAUCUUGCUAUAUUCUAAAUAAAAGCUUGUCAUUUUACAA